UUUUCUGAGCCCCAGAUACUCGGAAGUAAACGUUCGAUGAUCCCUUUCGGGCUUUACCCUCCCUCCGUACAUCCUUAGAAGCAAAGGCCUGGGAGAGUCUUCUCUGCUUAUCCCAGAACCCGAGGUGACGUUGAGCCGAGAGGUUGUCAUGGCAACAGGAAGAAAUUUAAUGAGAGCCAUAAAAGUGUUUGAAUUUGGUGGGCCUGAAGUGCUCAAACUGCAGCUGGAUAUGUUAUUACCAAUUCCAAAAGAGAACCAGGUUCUCAUCAAAGUUCAUGCAUGUGGGAUUAACCCACUAGACACCUAUAUCCGUUCUGGAACUUAUAAAAGGAAGCCAUCUUUACCAUAUACACCAGGUACAGAUGUAGCUGGAGUAGUACAAGACGUUGGAGAACAUGUAACUGCUUUCAAGAAAGGUGACCGGGUUUUUACCCUGGGCACUAUCUCUGGUGGUUAUGCUGAAUAUGCUGUCGCAUCAGUUGACACCAUUUUUCCUUUGUCUGAUAAACUGGACUUCAAGCAAGGUGCUGCAAUUGGAAUUCCAUAUUUUACUGCAUACCGAGCCCUCUUUCAAAAAGGAUCAGGCAAAGCAGGAGAAACUGUGCUAGUCCAUGGAGCAAGUGGAGGAGUUGGAAUAGCAGCAUGCCAAACAGCAAGAGCUUAUGGUCUGAAGGUUUGGGGCACAGCUGGGACAGAGGAAGGAAUGAACCUAGUUUUGAAAAAUGGCGCUUGCAGAGUAUUUAAUCAUAGGAAGACAGAUUACUUUGCUGAGAUUAAGGAAAUUGCUGGUGCCCAAGGCAUAGAUGUGAUAAUAGAGAUGUUAGCCAACGUCAACCUUGCAAAUGACUUGCAACUGCUGUCAAACAGAGGAAGAGUGAUGAUUGUGGGUAGUCGUGGCCCAGUUGAGAUAAACCCUAGGGAUACUAUGGGGAAAGAAUCAAGCAUCAGAGGAAUUAGCUUAUUUUCUGCCUCUAAGGAAGAGAUGCAUGAAUGCGCAGUGGCAGUUCUUGCAGGAAUAGAAGCUGGUUGGCUGAAACCAGUAGUGGGCCCUGAAUAUCCAAUGGAGAAAGUGGCAGAGGCUCAUAAAGACAUAAUCCACAGCCGAGGGGCUUUGGGGAAGAUGGUGCUUCUUACAUGUUAAUUCAUGUUGUUAAGUUUCUCUGCAGAAAUCAUAUAAAUGCUGAUUGCAGUCUUUAUGCAGUGCAUUUGAAAUGCUAUACAAAAAUGUGAUGUGGAAGUAAAAAACAACAGAUACAACUGGUGUGAAUUUGCAUAACACAUCUAAAUAUUUGUAUCAGGUUUCACAUGAUUAAAUGAUUUACUUGUACCUUU